GGCAACACUAAUAAUGAAAAUAAAUAAAAGCCUACUGCUCGUCUGUUUGUGUGAUAUAAUGUGCAUUUAUUUUUAAAAGUUUAGCGGGCAUUUUUUAAUUUUGAAACGUAAUGGCUGCUCAUGAAGUUGUUACUAUACAAGCUGGCCAGUAUGCAAAUUUCGUUGGCUGCCACUGGUGGAAUAUGCAGGAAUCUUCAUUUUGUUACACUCCAGAUAAAAGUAUUCCACUUGACAUAAACCAUGAUGUUAUGUUUCGGCAAGGUCUAAAUCUUCAGAGAGAAGAUACUUACACACCUCGUUUGGUUCUUGUAGACCUGAAAACUAAUCUUGUAAGUAUAAGAAAAGAAUGCCCACUGUACCGGUACCCUAAAGAAGAUCAAAGUGAGAUGUUAUGGGAUGGUGCAGUAGAUGUAAUUAAGGAUCCACCUGUAAGAAAGAAUCCUUUCUUAGAAGAGUUUGAAAAGGCAGGUAAUCCUUCAAAGAAUUCUGAAGCAUCAUCUGGUACUGAGAAUGAAGUAGCUUGUGAAAGCCUGUAUAAUUUUAAUUCAUCCACAACUGUGUGGUCAGACUUCUUGAAAACAAUCUACAUCCGAAAAGUUUUUGCCUUCUUAAUGAAGUGUGCCCUUCUGAAUUACAAAAACAUGCGGUGUCAUAUACAAAAGCAUCAGAAAAUAUCCCCCUUCAAUUGUAUAGCUCAGGAGAAGAAACUUAUUCUAAAUUUGGAAAGGAUAUGAUUGAAGAUGCUGUACGGAGGAUGACUGAAGAAUGUGAUUAUCUGC